GGAGCCUGGUUUGUGCCUGCCUGCUGGUCGACCAGCAAGUAGACAGCCCAUUCGGUGGGGGAGGCGGCCGUUUUGGUGGCCCCAGGCCGCGUGGCCCAGUGGUAGCAGAGCCAUGGUUUCUAAACUGAGCCAGCUGCAGACGGAGCUCCUGGCAGCCCUGCUCGAGUCGGGCCUGAGCAAAGAGGCACUGAUCCAGGCACUGGGUGAGCCGGGGCCCUACCUGCUGCCUGCAGAUGGCCCCCGGGACAAGGGGGAGUCCUGCGGCGGGGGUCGGGGGGAGUUGGCUGAGCUGCCCAAUGGGCUGGGGGAGGCGAGGGGCUCCGAGGACGAGACGGACGACGAUGGGGAAGACUUCACGCCGCCCAUCCUCAAAGAGCUGGAGAACCUCAGCCCCGAGGAGGCAGCCCACCAGAAAGCCGUGGUGGAGACCUUGCUGCAGGAGGACCCAUGGCGCGUGGCCAAGAUGGUCAAGUCCUACCUGCAGCAGCACAACAUCCCGCAGAGGGAGGUCGUGGACACCACUGGCCUCAACCAGUCGCACCUGUCCCAGCACCUCAACAAGGGCACCCCCAUGAAGACGCAGAAGCGGGCCGCCCUGUACACCUGGUAUGUCCGCAAGCAGCGAGAGGUGGCCCAGCAGUUCACCCACGCAGGGCAGGGCGGGCUGAUUGAAGAGCCCACAGGUGAUGAGCUGCCAACCAAGAAGGGGCGGAGGAACCGUUUCAAGUGGGGCCCAGCCUCCCAGCAGAUCCUGUUCCAGGCGUAUGAGAGACAGAAGAACCCCAGCAAGGAGGAGCGAGAGGCAUUGGUGGAGGAGUGCAAUAGGGCGGAGUGCAUCCAGAGGGGGGUGUCGCCAUCGCAGGCACAGGGACUGGGCUCUAACCUCGUCACGGAGGUGCGUGUCUACAACUGGUUUGCCAAUCGGCGCAAGGAAGAAGCUUUCCGUCACAAGCUGGCCAUGGACACAUACAGCGGGCCGCCCCCGGGGCCAGGCCCGGGCCCCGCCCUGCCUGCCCACAGCUCCCCGGGCUUGCCCCCACCCGCCCUCUCCCCCAGUAAGGUCCACGGUGUGCGCUAUGGACAGCCAGCAACCAGCGAGGGGGCGGAAGUGCCCUCAAGCAGUGGUGGUCCCUUGGUGACAGUGUCUGCGCCCCUGCACCAAGUGUCCCCCACGGGCCUGGAGCCCAGUCACAGCCUGUUGAGCACCGAAGCCAAGCUGGUCUCAGCAACUGGGGGCCCUCUGCCCCCUGUUAGCACCCUGACAGCACUGCACAGCUUGGAGCAGACCUCCCCAGGCCUCAACCAACAGCCCCAGAAUCUCAUCAUGGCGUCGCUUCCUGGGGUCAUGGCCAUUGGGCCUGGCGAGCCUGCCUCCCUGGGCCCCACGUUCACCAACACAGGUGCCUCCACCCUGGUUAUUGGCCUGGCCUCCACUCAGGCACAGAGCGUGCCGGUCAUCAACAGCAUGGGCAGCAGCCUGACCACCCUGCAGCCAGUCCAGUUCUCCCAGCCACUGCACCCGUCCUACCAGCAGCCACUCAUGCCCCCCAUGCAGAGCCAUGUGGCCCAGAGCCCCUUCAUGGCCACCAUGGCCCAGCUGCAGAGCCCCCACGCCCUCUACAGCCACAAGCCUGAGGUGGCCCAGUACACCCACACGGGCCUGCUUCCGCAGACCAUGCUCAUCACCGACACCACCAACCUGAGUGCCCUGGCCAGCCUCACUCCCACCAAGCAGGAGGCUGCUCUGCUCCCCCAGGUCUUCACCUCAGACACUGAAGCCUCCAGUGAGUCUGGGCUUCAUACGCCGGCGUCUCAGACCACCACCAUCCACAUCCCCAGCCAGGACCCUGCAGGCAUCCAGCACCUGCAGCCUGCCCACCGGCUCAGCGCCAGCCCCACCGUGCCCUCCAGCAGCCUGGUGUUGUACCAGAGCUCCGACUCCAACAAUGGCCACAGCCACCUGCUGCCAUCCAACCACAGCGUCAUCGAGACCUUCAUUUCCACGCAGAUGGCUUCAUCCUCCCAGUAACCAUGGCAACCGCCUCCCAGGGGCUGGGCCCUGCCUGGAGCCUGCAUGGCCUGCUUGGGGGGUGACUGGGACAUCUGAGCCUGUGAAACUUUCACUGCCACAGGAUAGCGGCCUUCCCUGGAAAACUGUGCCUCGGUCCCCACGCUGCUCUGUCAGCGUCAGAAAGGGUUCCAAGGCUCUCCGACCUCCGGAGGGACCAUUCCUGAUGCUCAGGGUCAAUUUUGUCACUUGGAAUAGAAGGGAGCAGCCUUUGGACUCUGGUGCCUCCAGCCUGUGCCUGUGGAGAGCCCCAGAACCCCCAAGGGAACCGCACUUCUCAGGACACGAGGCUAUACAGCCGUGACUCACUGAGCUCCGAGAGGCCCAGGGUCAACAUGGCCCCAUUCUGUCCCCUGUGUCCUGACCAGGCCCCUCCCCUCUGCUCCCCUUCCAGCUGUAAACCCACAUGCCCAUUUGUACCAACCCCUGUCCCCCAAUCACAUGAGCUUUCCCCAAGUGGCUACUGUGUGCUGGAGCCUGGGGCUCAAAGAGGCCCACGCCCUGCAAGAGCUCAAGCUAGCAGUGAAGGCACGCAGGGCUCUCCAGCUUCUCUCGUCCUGGGCCCUCUCUCCCCCUGGCUUCCAAGAUGGCCAGUUUUCUUGGCCAUUCGUCUCCCGGGGUAUCACACCUUCUCAUG